AACAUUUCCGUCGCCGCUUCUUUUAACCAGUAAACCCUCGACGGUGUUUCUAUUUUCACCUCCUCACCGCACAAUCCCCUUCGCCGUCUUCCUGGCUGCGGAUUCUCUCGUUCGGCUUCUUCCGGCAGCUCCCCGCCUCCUCCGGUGACUUAAGUUGCCGGCGGCUUCUGAAAUCCUGUCCAGUUGCCGGAGAAAUGUGCGAGCACCUUGCCGCAGCUUGAUGAGCGACCAGUCAUGCCGGCGCUACACGGACCCGUUCUGUUCGUCAGGCCCGGUGCUUACCAAGAGCUGAAACCGUUCCCCAAAAACGCCGCUGGUUCGUGUAGCAAUUUAUUGGGUGGCAACGCAGUUUGUAGUUCCGUUGAAGGCCAUCAUGUACAGAAGCCACACAUUGUUUCUAGCUUCAGAGUCAACUUUACCAGAGUCAGCCAUUAUCUUCAGAGAAGCUUAAAUGAGAGAACUGCAAGGCACUGGCUGCAUCGGUUUCAUGUUAAUGCUUCAUCGGAUGAGGACUUCCGCUCAUCGCGCAAUAUAGCGACCAGCCUAUUCAAGCAGUAUAAGAAUGUCAUUGAUCGAGGAGGAGGAGAUAACAUAAAAGGGUUUGUUAGUGCUGGAGUGCAGGCAUAUGCCCUAGGCUGUACAGAAGAGGGGCUUAGGAAGGAACUUCUGGAUAUCAAAGAUUCUGGCGUCAAAAUUGAAGGCCUACGAUCCUAUGGAGGAGGAACAAGCUUGAGCUUCAAAGUCAGUUCUUUUGAGGUAAAGGAGUGCAUCCUGUGGCUUAGUAUAGUGUUCAUUACAAUCCUGUGCACACCGCAGCCAACGGUCAUCAGGUGGUCCACUACCCCACCGGUGUCAGCCGACGUCUUGCAUCAGUGGAAAGGAUUUUGUGCGCUGAUAGCAAACGCUUAUUACACCAAGGGCAUGGCAUGGCUGCCAGUGAAGACAUUGCAGUUGGAACAGAUGGCUGUGACAGGCAGUUCAGAGGAGCCAUCAGUGGUCGCAAGUCGGAUGCAGCUAGUUUUCAGCACAUUAGAGGUAGUCAGCCCACAAUGGCCAAGGGUGUGAUGAAGGAAGUAAAAGCGUUAUGAUCAUGCAAAGGCAUGUGGGUUUACAGAAAUCACAUGUCUGAACCAUAUCCAGGGACGAUGAAUCUUCUUUUGUGAUACUGAAGAUAGUGAAGUAAUUGCUCAAUUCAUGUAUAUAGAACCCACAGCUGCUGUAAAUCUGCCUGAUGCACCUUUGUCGUUUCCGCACGUUUUUGCUGUUUAAUUUGCGAGAGAUGUACGCAUAUUUCUUCAAGAAUUAAGCUUGGUCUAUUUGGUGUUA